UGGCAGUCAAUUUAACGAAACGGUUCGCACGGUUGACACGUUUCGGCAUUUAUCGCAUAAAGGCUUAACGUGUGUGCGUCAGUACGUGUGUGUGUGUGUGUGCGAGUGGGGUCAGUCACUUGAAUAGUGAAUUGUAUCUUUGGAAUACAUCGAACGGGAACAUCGUCGUUCGAGCACAAAAACAAAGCAAACAAUAAUAAAAACAUUGACGACGGCACGAAAAAAAAACAUCAACAAAACGGCACGCAACUCGCAGUUGAAUCGUACGUGGCCGCAGCUUUGCAAAAACUUGGCCAUUAAUUUCUAUCGCCAUGACGGAUUUAAUUCAUCUCGUAAGUCCUUACAGUCCGCUCCAUGCAGAGUGUAAAAGCCAGAGUCUUAAUUUGGCUCCCUUCUUGAAUUUUGUAGUGCUGUAUUUUGCAUUUGUCAGAAAUCCACAAGGCGAGCUAUACACCACAAUUCUAAAAUGUGCACCAAUUGUGAGUCUAAUGUUUUUUGUGGUUAUGAAGGGUUUUGGCCUCAGCAAAGAAUACAGGUACUCCCAGCUCAUACUCAUCGGUCUGAUAUUCUCCUGUGGAGGUGACAUUUUGCUCAACAUUGACAUGUUUCCCCAUGGCAUGGGAUCCUUUGGGGUGGCACAAAUAUUUUACAUAUCAGCAUUUGGCUUUAAGCCAUUGAAAUGGAAACUUGGCUUGCCAUUUUAUGUACUAGGAGCCAUAGCUGUUGGCUUGGUCUUUAAUAGACUGGAAGGUGUAUUAAUUGCCGGUCUUCCCAUUUAUGGUUGUUUGCUUUUAACCAUGUGCUGGCGUUCUUUGGCCCGUGCCGUGGAUCAGAAAAGCUCGUUGUUUAUAUUCUGUGCUAUAGGCAGCAUUUUGUUUGUUUUGUCGGACAGCAUGAUUGCCAUCGAUAUGUUUUUACUGAAAAUACCAUAUGCCAGGCUAUGGAUCAUGAUCACCUACUAUUUGGCCCAGUUUGCCAUUGCAUUGAGUACUGCCACUGAACUUAGCAAAAAGAAAUCUGGCAAAACAUCACCCAAAUCGAUACAGAGUCGCAAUAACAGCGUUCGUCGUCGUGUAAAAUCAAAAGACUGAAUUAUCUAAACUUCCUAAAAACUUAAAUAGUAGCAACAAUAGUGAAUUAUUGAACCAUGUUUGUCUUUUUCUUAUCCACCAAAUGUUAACGAAAUACUUCCAUACCAUGUAUUAUCAAAGCGAAAACAAAAUAAAAAACUAAGAACACUUACAACUUUUUGUAGAGAAAAAAAUUACAACAAAAAACAAGAAAAUAAUAUUUCCAAUAUAAAUAAAAUUAUAAAAAAAUCAUGUUAACUAGUUGUAGAACAUUUAGAGAUAUUUUCAAAUGUUGUUUGUCUUGUACAAUGUAUCUAUUUAUUAAUUAGUGUAGCAUUUUCUCCUCAAAAGUCUUCAAUGUAACGUAUCAUUAGAAAUGAUGUAAAUCUACUACUACAAAUGCCAAUUAUUUAGUCUUAAACAUCAUAGUCUGUCGUUUUUAAAGCCCCCCUCAAUUUGAACACUCAAUGACAAAUGUAACCAAGGAAAUCUUUAAUUGUAAAAAAAUGUUAAUGUGAAAUAAAUGUGUUCCGGAAAUUUUAAAACAA